AUUCAUUCAUUCUGUCAUUCCCACCUUCCCUAUAUUACUCUGCUUUACUUCUCUCUUUUGUCUCUUGUCUCUCUGCUCCUUCCUCUCCGCCGGUUACUUCAUCCUUACGGUUCCGUGUUGCCUGAAAAACACCAAAACAUUCCUCCUUCUAGCUUUCUUCUUCCUCUACUUUGGUUUCAUUUAUUCUCUAUCUCAGUCCUGUCUGUCUUCCUAUUGGGUUUUGCUGAAGGUGGUCAAUGCUGUUCUGGGAAGCUGUGAAAAUUCAAUCUUGCAUUGAGAGUUGGUGAAUUUCUCUUCUGGGUUUUUGGGAUUCUUUUCUGGGUUUCAAGGGUUUUUGGGAUUCUCUUUCAGCUUUGAGUUUUAAAUUUUGUGAGAUAUUUGGAGAUGGGUUUGUGGGUGAGUUGAAGUUUGGGGCCAGAAGAAAAGAGAGGAAAGUUGUGUGAACUGUAAAGUGGUGCUUUUGGGGUUGAAGAAGAAGGAGGGAUGGAUAUUACAGAGGUCACACUGAUACACCAUGUGGGCCUUGUGUUAGCUGUGCUUUGGUUGCUCUCUCACUACAAUUGCUGCCACGCAUUGGCAUACUUUCUCUCUCUGAUUUAUCUCUUUGUGGUUCAUGAGCGGUAUGUUAUGCGACUGCGGAAAAAACUACAAUUCGAGGAAAGAAAGCAGGGGCAUCAGAGAAGGGUACUUUCUGAUUCUGAAACAGUGCGUUGGUUGAACCAUGCAGUUGAAAAGAUAUGGCCUAUAUGUAUGGAACAGAUUGCUUCACAGAGAGUUCUCCUCCCCAUCAUACCUUGGUUUUUGGAGAAGUACAAACCAUGGACUGUUAGUAAAGGUGUAGUUCAGCACCUUUAUUUGGGAAGGAACGCACCCAUGUUCACAGAGAUGAGAGUUCUCCGCCAGUCUACUGGUGAUGACCAUUUGGUUCUGGAGUUGGGAAUGAAUUUUCUGACAGCUGAUGAUAUGCUUGGAAUACUUGCUGUCAAGCUAAAAAAAAGGCUGGGCUUUGGAAUUUGGGCGAAAUUGCAUAUUACCGGUAUGCAUGUUGAAGGGAAGGUCAUGAUUGGGGUGAAGUUCCUUCGCAAGUGGCCUUUCCUUGGCCGUGUGCGGUUAUGCUUUGUCGAGCCUCCAUAUUUUCAAAUGACCGUCAAGCCUAUUUUUACUCGUGGGCUUGAUGUUACAGAAGUCCCAGGGAUUGAUGGAUGGCUGGAUAAGCUUCUCUCAAUUGCCUUUGAGCAGACACUUGUUCAGGUAUUUGGUAAGCUUGUCUACAUUGCCUUGAAGAAGACACUUAUUCAGCCUAAUAUGCUGGUUGUUGACAUGGAGAAAUUCACUUCACCGGAACAGGAAAAUUGGUUCUCUGUGGAUGAGAAGGAGCCUGUUGGGCAUCUCAAAGUAGAAGUUAUUGAAGCAUCUGACAUGAAAGCCUGCGACUUAAACGGAUUUUCUGACCCUUAUGUGAAGGGCCAAUUCGGCGUUUACCAAUUCAAAACUAAGAUACAAAAGAAAACGCUGACCCCAAAAUGGUUUGAGGAAUUUAAGAUCCCGAUUAUUACAUGGGAUUCACCUAAUGUGCUAGCUAUUGAAGUUCAUGACAAAGACAUUUUUGUUGAUGAUACCCUUGGAAACUGUUCCAUUAACAUCGGUGACCUUAGGGAUGGUGUGAGACAUGACAUGUGGUUGCCUCUUCAGAACAUCAAAACAGCAGGGAGGCUGCAUCUUGCAGUAACUGUACUUGAAGACAAUGGGGAGGGCAGUGAUCCUCCAGAUGUUCGGGAAUCGGAAAUGCCAAAUAUGGAAGAUAAAAGAAAUUCCUUUUCCAGUGAGACUGCUAAUAAAAAUUCCUUCUCGUCUGUCUCAUCUGAGAAAUCUCCUAGGGUGGCAGAUAAUUAUGAGCCCAUUGAUGUUGAAGGGCAAAAAGAAACUGGUAUAUGGGUCCAUCACCCAGGAAGUGAAGUUUCACAAACUUGGGAGGCUAGAAAAGGAAAGGGUCGACGUCUUAGUACCCAAAUUCAAGGGGAGCCUAAUGGGAGCAGCGUCACUGAUGAAACUCAGGAUGAUAAACGUCCAAUGCAAUCAGUUCGCCGGGGUCUACGUAAACUUGGUUCAGUAUUUCAGAAGAAUCCCAAAAAGGAGGAUAAUUCAUGCAGUUUUACAGAGUCUGUCCAGAGCCCAGUUACUCCACGUGUCAAUCUAAGGGCAAUUAAUGAAAGGGACAUUGCGGUAAAAUAUGUUGUGGAAGAUGAAACUUCUGGUAAAGUUUCAAAAGAAGGGGCUUCAAGUUCUGGAGAGAGUAGCUCAGGUAGCCCAGGAAAGGGCAAGGUGAAAGGCAUGGCAAAGAGUUUCUUUAAACAUGCUGAAAGAUCGGUAAAGCAUGCACUUUCACGUAAAGGUUCUAGAAAGUCACAGACAGAUUCUUGUGAAAGAGAAAUUAUAGCAGAUUCCGACUCUUCUGACGAUGAUGAUACUCCUCCCUCCCCAAUAGUUGAAAUGAUACCAGUUGUCUCCAGGGACAUACCUCAUCCCCCUGUUAAUGAUUCGUUCAAGUCAGAUGAGCAUUUGACUCAGCCGUUUGCAAGUGCUCUAAGUAACAUUCCAGAGGACACCGAGGAUUCAGUGAAGAAGGUUGAACCUGAAGACACAGAAAAGACGCUUGAGAAGCCGGAUGACCCUGAAAAAAAUAACGAGGGAUUGCCUGAGCCGUUAAAAGUUGAAGCUAGGUGAUGCAGAUUCCAAGAGAAAGAAGAUAAAAUUGUGACAAGAUUGUUGUAAAAGGAUAGCUCAUACCAUCCUACUUGUGGCUGAAUUAAGAACUUGAGAAUUCGGUUUGCAUGUCCAGGCACAUAUCAAUUUUCAUGUAUGAACACAUACCGAAACAGGUUCUUUAGUUUUAGGUUUGUGAAUCAUGUGUGAGAGAUCUGGCUUUUAUAUUCUGCAGUGAAAAGAGACCAGCUUCUACGUAAGAUUUGGAGAAUUUGUAGCAGCUGUUGGCUGAUCUUUCAUAUUUGUAGAUUGUUGGAGGAAGAAUUUGAUUUCUGUUUGUAUAUAUGAUGGAAAAUAUUCCAUAUAUAUGAAGUCGUUUUGGUUUGUGGGUAGAAAA